AUGGCGCAGUUGUCCAAUGACUCUGUCCAAGUUGCCAAAGUCCAAACAACGGAAGACCUAAAAGCUAUCAUCUCCCUCUUCGAGCAAUACGCACAAUCUCUCGGUAUAGAUCUCAGCUUCCAGGACUUCGCGACAGAGAUGGCCCAGAUGCCAGGCAAGUACGCGCCGCCGCGAGGAACCUUGCUACUCGCCAGGAGUGACAAAGGCGAGGCCAUCGGAUGCGUGGGCUUGAGACCAUUCGCAACACCAGGACAUUGCGAAAUGAAGCGGCUCUACGUUCAUCCCAAUGGACGUGGGCUGGGACUUGGUCGCAAACUGGCUGAGGCUGUCGUCGCGGAAGCGAGAGAGUUGGGCUAUGAGGCUAUGUUGCUGGAUACGCUGUCCACGAUGGUGUCUGCGCAGGCGUUGUACAAUUCUUUGGGAUUUGUUGAGGUUCCGCCUUAUUAUGACUCGCCACUUCAGAAUACCACAUUCUUGCGGCUGGAUUUGAACUCAUGA